AUAAUAAAACAUCAAACUCCAUCCCUCUCUUUCCCUCUCUCUCCAACCAUUCAUUUCUUUUUUUCUUCAUUCCAUUUCUCUCAAGUGGGGCUUUAAUAACUAUUUGUUUCAGAACCACAAGAAGACCACACCCUUUGCUUUGUCCUUAAAUGGUGUUCAACUAGAAUUGAGCUCAUCAAUCAGAAAUCUGCUUCAUACUACUUGUACCUGACCAUGAGAUCAAUAGGGCAUAUAUGGCAACAUUGACUAUUAUGUUUCAAUCUGGUGAUCAGAAAUUCAGAGUAUAGAUUUUGCUCCAAAUAGCUUCCUCAUCAUGGAACAUCUGAAGUUUGAUCUUGAAAAGGAGGCCUCUUAUGAAAACAGUUCUGAUAUUAGCAGCCAGGUAGCAUCCAACAUAUCAGUGAAAGAACACUUCAUGGAUCCCCGCAAGAGCAUUUUGUCAGAAUCUUCUCAACUUACAGAUGUGACAACUCAACUAAGUUCAGAAUAUUUAUUACUCGACUUAUCUCUCAACUUCAAAUCAAGUACCAAUGAAUUAGCUUGCCAGGAAUCAAAAGGAUUUUCAGUUUCCAGCACAAGUGAAAGUAGCAAUGAACCCGCAAACCAAACCAAAGUGGCUGCCACCCCACGAGUUUUUCCAUGCAACUUCUGCCAAAGAAAAUUCUACAGCUCACAGGCACUUGGUGGUCACCAAAAUGCACAUAAGAGAGAGAGGACAUUGGCAAAACGAGCAAUGAGAAUGGGAAUAUUCUCAGAUAGAUAUGCCAGCUUGGCAUCCCUGCCUUUGCAUGGAUCUUCAUUCAGGUCCUUAGGAAUAAAAGCACAUUCUUCAGUUCACCACGGCUUUGCAAUAGCUGGAGCAGGAAGGUUACCUGAUUUUGGAACCAGUGCACGAUUUGAACAGCCAUACAUGGCUCAGCCUAUAUACAUGGAGGAUGAUCCAGAGCUGUUGUGGCCUGGUAGUUUUCGACAGGUAGCUGAUCCUGGAAACUCUCCUCAAAGUUUUAUAGUAACUGGAAGUUCAGGCCUGGAUUUUGCAGAGCUCAAUCCACCACUGGAAGAGGAUCAUUUUGCACCUGAUCUCACUCUUAGACUUUGAAAAGUGUGCAUGACAGCAAAUGGCUUUAUUGCUUUGCUAUUUUCAGUUUUUCUGUACAGUGAGACAUAAAUUGGCAAAGCCGCAAGUUCUGGAGUAGAGCUUUUAUUAGCCACUUUUGGCUUGGUGAUCAUUUGUUUCAUGAUUUUCAGCAUACAGGAUUAUUCAGAUUGAUGAUCUGCAGCUACUGUUUCUGCAGUUAGACCUUUUACCAGGGCCUCAAGAUCACGACUGAUAUGCCAUCCAGUGAUCAGAUUGAUGUAUUGAACUACUGUUAGAUUUCUUUCUCUUCUUUUUGUCCUUAACUUAUGGUUAACAACUUGAUGUAAUUUGGGUGGACAGUGUCAAGAGUUUGUACCGAUAAUCUAGUAGUAUUUAGAUUA